CAUUUUAUUUCGCCUGGCUGGACGUACGCUACCAGCAGCUGCUAUGGGCUCGGGCUCUAUAUAAGAGCACUACGUUGGUCUUCAAGCACAGCUCAUUCAUCGUUUAUUUGUCGACCAACCCUCUCGUAAGCAAGUUCCAUUUCACGAUGAAGGUGCUCCUCAUUUGCGCUGUUGGAUGCUGGAUGAUGUCUUCGGUGGUAUCGAUGCCAGUAGCUCAGAAAUCAUCCCUCGAUCAUUUAAUUAUCCCCUACGAGAAUUCACCAGUUGAUUACGGCGUGUUCUCAUCUGAUCAAGGCUCACAAUAUCAAGACGAACCGACAGUGAUCACCACCUACAAUGUAGGCACGUUCAGACAAGGUGAUUUCUUGACAGUGCCUCUUGGUGCUUCGUACACAGUUGGAGGUCCCGAUCAUCAGAAUCGUUUGAAGAAAGGGAUCGUCGUUGGAACCAAGCGUUUCUCGCUGACUAACACCGCUGGCUAUCGACCUGGCAUUGUUUUGUAAAUCACUGAUAAAACACACAGACCUUUUGAUUUCGAGUACCGAACUUUUGUAUAGAUUUCAUAUGCGUGUUGGAGUGCACGUCAUUUUGUUUUUCACGACUUUUUUUUAUGUCAACGUCUAUUUUGCUCAGGUAAGCAAGAAGGCAUUUCCCCUUAAAUGUACAACGGUGUGUUACAACUGCCCAUAUCCUCAAUACACAAGAUCAUUUUUGAAAACGA